AUGAGGUAUUAUGAAAAUUUGCAAUAUUUUCGCCCUAAUGGUCCAGUUUUUAUUUAUUUGGGUGGAGAAGCUGAAGCAAAUCCGCGAUUUCUAUCUACAGGUAUUGUUUACGAGCUAGCGAAAGAAACGAGUGGAGCAAUGUUCAUGACUGAACAUCGAUACUAUGGAAAGAGUUUGCCAUUUGAAGACGUCUUUGUAAACAUUGAUCAUAUGCAAUGGUUAUCAUCAAGACAAGCCUUAGCAGAUAUUGCAACAUUAAUUAAAAAUAUAAAGUCAUCACCAAUUUUCAAAACAUGUAAAAUAGUCGUCAUCGGUGGUUCUUAUUCGGGUAAUCUAGCAGCUUGGAUGCGACUUAUGUAUUUCGAACUAGUAGAUGCUGCAAUUGCCAGCAGUAGCCCUGUUCUUGCUAAGAAAGACUUCUUUGAAUAUUUAGAAAAAGUAAACGAAAACUACGAACUAUAUGGUACAACAAAUUGUUUGGAUGAUGUGAGAGAUAUUUUUGCCCAAUCCGGAAAAAUGCUUGAGACUUCCGAAGGUAGAAAAGAACUUCAGAGUAAAUAUAAUAUUUGUCCUGAAUGCGACUUAAAUGUUCUAGAAAACCAAUGGGUGUUUUAUACAUAUAUGACAGAGAAAUUCAUGGUCAACUCACAGUACGGUGGACCAAGAGUAAUUAAAAAGCACUGUUCAAAUUUGGAGUUAAUUGACGUUGAGAAUGAUUCAAACGAAACUGAUUCCAAUUGCCUAGAUGUUAAUUUCAAUUCAAUGAUUGAAGAAACGAAAAGGACCCCAUGGGCCUAUUCAUGGUUGUAUCAAACUUGUACUGAAUUUGGUUAUUUUCAGACAACGUCGUCUACCUCUCAGCCAUUUGGGGACACCCUUCCUUUGGAAUACUUUAUUAAGACAUGUGUAGCAUUAUACGGACCAAAUUUUAAUGAAGACAAAGUUGACAAAGCAGUUGCAGCAAGCAAUGCGUUCUACGGAGGAUUAAAGCCGAAUGUCUCUAGAGUCGUGUUUUCCAACGGAGACGCAGAUCCGUGGAGUACAAUAGGUGUUCUUGAAGACCUAACGUAUCAAGCGCCGGCUGUAGUGAUUAACAGAGCUUCGCAUUGCGCAGAUUUAUUUCCACAACGCGCUGAUGCCACUGAGGAAAUAAAACAAGCUAGCAGAGAAAUAAAAUACCUGAUUAAGAAUUGGAUUGGUGUUGAAAAAUCUAGUUUUGAUUAA